AUGAGUCCAAAGGGAUCCACCAACACGAACGUCUUCAAGACAGUUCCUCCUCGACAGUCUAGGCCGGCAAAAUUGUCGGCUGACCAAAUGUUUUGCGACCCCAAGAACAUUCGGCUAAAAGCCAUUGUGGACGAGGCGCUUGCACGCAUAGCCAUGCACGAAGAACAGCAGAAAGUUCUGCUUAGCAAGAUAGAUGUAAUUGUCGCAAACUUAAUUGCAAUCCAAGAACAGAACAACGCACUUACCGAGGAGCUCCGCGUCGCAAAUGAGCACGUAGAGUUCCUACACAACCAACUCCAGCUUCAGGUACUUGUACCUGGUGCUUCAGCCUUCACUACCACCGUCCUCCCGUCCACAGAGAUUGCUCCUGUUGAGAAUGCCUCAGCCUCUGCCUCUGCCCAUGGUCCCGUCCCCAUUCCCACACCCUCACCCACCACUGGAUCGUCUGCGAAUCCAUUUGUAUACCUGUCCUACCGCCACCAUCUCAAGUACUCCCAAGUACGAAAGCUCUUGACAACAUUCAAAAUCCAACAGUCCUGUGUCUUGGACAUUGCGUUCCCGGAACGCGGCACUUUCUCCCUCCUUGUGCACAACGACUUCAAGGACAAGAUCACCCAGCUCUUCGCAGACAUUGGCGUGUCUGUGAAGACAGAUUUUGAUCCCUUGGACCAUCAGAUCAUUGCUAAUCUGGCACGUGCCUGCAAACCCAUGCAGGAAAACCAACAGAUUACAUACAAGCUACACCGCCAAUAUCUUCUCGCUCUCUGCCUUCGCCUCCCUGCCCCACUGGGCAAAAGUGUCAUGAGGCACUUUUGUAAAGUGGAAAGUAGCUCUCUUUGCCUCCCUCCAGUCUGCCUUGAAAAGUAUCUGGAAGACCAAAACCUUCCGUAUGGCCCCCAAGCCAGUGCUAGUGCCAUUGGAACUGCCACUGUCAUGGUUAUAGGAUAA